AUGACGAGGUAUACAGCUGAAUCAUUUUUUUAUAGGCAGCAGCUAUCCGAGCAAGAGAGGCAAGAUAGCAAACCUAGGCAGGAUUUAUCAACUAUCUACGAGCACCCUGUGCGAAUCAAGGAAUUAAAUGAAGCAGAGAAGGUAGAAGCUCAGAAGAAACCUGAGGAAGUAGCCACUCCAGAUCGAAUAUUCAAAGUAGUGUUCGUUGGAGAUUCAGCUGUUGGGAAGACGUGUUUCCUGCAUCGAUUCUGCUAUAAUCGCUUCAAACCGUUAUUCAAUGCGACGAUUGGUGUCGAUUUCACUGUAAAGACGAUAAAAGUAGGCAGUCGGGUUGUUGCACUCCAGUUAUGGGACACCGCUGGACAGGAACGGUAUGUGAGAAAAUCUCCAAUCACGCAGUGCUCAUAUCUCGCCCAAUGACU